GAACUGGUGAAAUAUAUGCAAGCGUCUCUUCCUAACUUGAUCAAAACAACAUGUGACGAAUUUUUGAUAAACUAUGACGAUGAUUCUACGGAAAUACCACCACAAAAACUUUCGCAUGAAAAUUGGAUAGAGAAAGAAGAGGUUUUAAAAGAUAUUACGAUUAGAAUACUUAAUACAUU